AUCCAAAACCCGAACGUGAAAAGGGCCUCCUAUAUAAACUCUCAUUCUUCUCUCACUUUACAAAACUCAGAACAUUCGCACACUACAAAAUACAAAAAUUUUCAGCUUCGUCGGUGCAGUUCCGUUUUCCCUUUUCUUCUUCUCCUUCUUGCCACCUUUCGCUUCCGAUAAAUGGUGCUGCGCGGUUCCGAGCAACAGAGAGGGGCCACUCCCAACCGAUCCAACUCGCUCCACAAUUUCCCCUUCUUGAAGUGGGGGAAUCAGCGCAAGAUGAGGUGCGCCACCGCCACCGCCACCGUCACCGCUGCCUGGGAUCACCGCUCUUCGGCGUCGAACUCCGACGAAUCAACGGCCACGUGGAGCAGGGAAUCCGGUGAAAAGCGGCGACACGGCGGCGACGGGGACGGGAUCGCGGUGGUGCGGCAGAGGCUGAUCCUCGAUCUGAAGACCGAAGCGGAUAGAAUGAAAGACGCGAUUCUACGAAGCGAAGAAGAAGCUGUGAGGCCGUGGAAUCUGAGGAAGAGAAGAGCCAAGGUUGAGGCUCCGGUGCCCGACGCGUUGAAGAUCGGCGACAAGAAGCGAAACCACUCGCCGCCGCAGCCGCAGCCGCAGCCGCCGAGACACGACGGCGCGUCCAAGUUGCCGCAACUGAGAAGCGGAUCCGACAAGACGGUAAAGGUCAAGUUCUCUUUCCAGCUAUCGAGGAAAGAGGUUGAGGAAGAUUUCGUGGCCAUCUUGGGCCACCGGCCUCCCCGGAGGCCCAAUAAGAGGCCCAAACUCGUGCAGAAGCAGUUGGAUACGCUUUUCCCUGGGCUGUGGUUGACGGAGGUUACGGCAGAUUCGUACAAGGUUAUUGAGAAUGGCAAGGUGCGUCACAAUGGGAAGCGGAAAGUUGACGCUGGAUUUUGAUUUUAUGGGUUUGUUGACUUUUGCAGUGACUAACAUGUGGGUUUCGCCUCUUGAAGGCUCAUAUUAGUUCAUUCUUUUGUUUAUAACAAUAAUAAUUCUCUUUCCAAUUGAAUUUCAACACUGUAAUUAGCUCACUAACCACUCUACUUAUGUAAUUCUGUGCCCUCGAGGACCUCAAAUAUCACGGUUAAACUCAACUCACAUUAUAUGAUGGAACUUGUUGAAAAUUUCUAGUGUAGUCUCUUAUUUUCUAGUUGGUAUUGUUAAAUGCAAACUUGCUUCACAUAUUCAAAUUCCUUGUCACUGUUCUUUUUUCAAUCACUAUUAUUAUUAUAUUACUACUUUACCGUAAAAUCCUAUUAAAUUCUCUGUUUCUUCAUAACUGGUAACGGUUUGAUUUCAUGCAAUGGGAACCCAGUUUGUUGAAUAAUAUAUUUUGUUGCAACUUGCAAGGGCUAUUGAUUGCUGAUGAACCUUGUAUAUGAUAGUAGUUCUUUGAUUUUUUUACCUAAAUUUCAGUUUAGUGUAUGGUUAUGUUUAUCUUGUAGUCCCAUCUUCAUUUUUAUUUAUUAGUUGAAAAUCUUAUAUGUGCAACUUUUGGCCCUGUGAUUCACAUGCUUAUGUUUAAGGGCAUUGGUUUUCCUAUUACUAUGUCAUGGUUAUUCAAACAAAUGAUUAGUGUGUUGGAAAUUUGAAUAUUCCUUUGCGGAGUUUAGUGUGGAGGUCAGAAAUGGUCCAUCAUUCACCAGUCUCGAAUGACUGGCUGUUUCCUGUGUGAAGAUUAUUAGUGUAAGUAGCGUUAUUUCUUUAUUGGGGAUUAGGUUGCAAAAAACACAUUCAACUGCAAAGUUGUGUUUAUGAAGAUGGCCACCAUGUUACAAAUACGAAUGAAAUAAUAUAUCUUUAAUAUAUGUUUUGCAUAAAAAGGCGUGUGCUUUCUCAUGUUUAUCAGUUGUAUGAUCAUAUAACUUUAAUAGCCAAAAAAUUGGAUGAAUUUCUAAUGUAACAAAGCCCUUGAUGCGAAAGGCGCCUGAAACUAGUGGAGUCUUGAUGACAAGCUGUACCAGGGAUACAACUAUAGCUGCGAAUUACAUGUAUCAAAAAUUAUGUC